AAACAUAUAUAUUAAAUUAAAUGAUUAUUAUUUAUAAAUAAAAGAAAAAACCUGACUCUAAUAUUUUAAAAUGAAAACUGUUAAACUCAAUAAAGAUUCAUUAGCAGGACUUUCAUUUUCUAUUCUUUCAGAUCUUUUAUUAGAUAUUAUCUUUGAAAUAGCAGUUUCCACACAUAAAAGAGAAGUUUUUUCUAAACGCAAAUGUCUACGCUGCAAUAAAUUCUGUCAUUUUUAUUCAAUAAAUUCAGGAAGUGAUAUUUUUGGAAAGCCAUAUCAAACACCAGUAACAGCACCUUAUUAUUCAUGUACUAUUUGCAGUAGAGAAAUAGCAGCAGGUCGCUAUGUACCACAUCUUGAAAAAUGUCUUGGUAGUGGUCGCUUAAGUAAUCGAUUAGCGCAUCAAAAAACAAAUGGCUAUGGAACUUCUAUAUCGUCUUGUACAAAUAACGUAGAAAAUGAUAUUUCUUCUGAAGAUGAAACACAACAUAGAAAAAAGAGACGGAGACCUACAAAUGGAUCUACAAAGUAUGGAUCAACGAAAUCGCAUUUAAAAUUGAAAAAACCAUUAAUUACAUCAAAUAAUUCAGAUGUUGAUCUACAAGCAUAA